CUAACUAGUCUGUGCGUAACUGCCAAUUGUUUUGAAUUACAAUUACAGUUUACCGGGAUGUUGUGAUAGAAAUAAAAUUAAUUACGUUUAUCCAGGGUAACAAUUUGUGCUUUAAUUGAUGAGGUAAUUAAUACAAUUACAAUAAUACCAGAAUGGACGUGUUUGCUUUAAUGGGCGACAACAAAGAGGAAAAAGAAAAACAUAUAGGCAGAAUUGAUGACUGUGAUGCUGAUGUUCGUAAGACAGCACAGGAAAUGGAUUUAAUAAGACAAAGAACUAUUGCAUACGAGUAUUUGUGUCGUUUGGAAGAGGCUAAGUUAUGGAUGGAAGCUUGCUUGAAAGAAACAUUACCUCUUGCUACCGAGUUUGAGGAGAGCUUGCGCAACGGUGUUUAUUUAGCAAAACUUGGGCACUUUAUUGCUCCUGAUUCUUUGCCCAUAAAUAAAAUAUAUGAUCUUGACUUGAGACGUUAUAAGGUUGUGGGAUUACAGUUUAAACACACUGAUAAUAUAAACAAAUUUUUAGAAAUUUUGAAACAUACUGAACUGCCUCAGACAUUUCAACCAGAAACAACUGAUAUUUAUGAUAAGAAAAAUAUGCCCCGUCUUAUAUACUGCAUUCAUGCACUAAGUUCCCAUCUGUUUAAAUUAGGCAAAGCUCCACUUAUACAUGAUGUUUUUGGAAAGGCAGUUUUUACUGAUGAAGAAUUAGACAUAAUUACUAAAGAUUUACAAAAAUGUGAACAUCCGCUGCCAUUGUUUCAAAAGAUUGGUGGAUUGUUAUCAAGAAAUAACACAGAUGAUUCCCAUACAUUCCACGAUGCUGUAGUUGAAUUAAAUAAAUUGUUAGAUACUGAAAAAUCAAUCACAUCUGCUAUUCUCAAUCCACAUUUAAAAUUAAAAUAUGUUCAAAAUCGUCUAAUAAGCGAAUAUAAAUCUGUGUUACAAGUAGCAAGAUAUGAGAAAAUAAAAGCUGCACAUAAUCAUUCCUUAAAUGAAAGUUACAUGCCAGAUGAUUAUGAUGAAUUACUUACCCAAAUUGAAAUUCAAGGACAUAUUAUCUCUGUAAAUUAUAAAUAUUUGUGGAAAAAUGUAUGUACGGCAUCAUUGAAUAAUGACUUGAAUGUAUUACAUAAAGCUUUUAAUGAGGAGUGGGUUAAAAUAAAAGACUACAAUAGUCACAAUCUAGAUUUUUAUUGUGAUGUCGUAAGAGAAAUUAUAGAAUGCAACAAAGAUAUUGAUGUGGAAAGUGUCACAAAUUGGCAUAAAAUAUUUCAGAACAUUAUAAACGAAGGUAACAGAAAAUCUGCUGAUCACAUUGAACAUAAGAAUGCUAUUGCAUAUGUAAAUAAAGCUUUAGACGAAGGAAGUCCUGAUAAUUUGUAUAAGGCCUUGACUAACGUUCAUUUGGAGUUAAAUUUUAAAGUAGAUAAAUAUAGUAUACCUUUACUGUUUGAAGAAAUGAAAUUGGAAAAAUGUGAAUUAGAUAAGAUUUUAAAUGAAAGUGAAAUUGCUGUUUCUGUGUCCUACCUUACUGCAGUAGCUGCUAUAUCUCAGGCUGUAGAAAGAGGAGACGAAGUAGCCUGCUGGAAGUUGUUAAAUUCAAAUCAAGUCAAUAUUGAAGGAUUGCGUCCUCAUUGUCGACGUAGAUACCUGUCGGCCCUAGUAACUGCAAUGCAAGUUAAAAUUAGAGAGCAGUGUGCUUGCCCUUUGCUUACUUUGGAAGAUAUUCGUGACACCAUUGAUAUGGUAAAUAUGAAAGAUGAUGAAAAUGAAGAAUUGGUAUCAGUUAUAAAUAGUAUUAAUAAGGCUGUUAUAGAAGAAGAUAGUAACACUCUAAUGAACCUUCUGAAGAGUUCGUCUUUGCAAAUAACAACUUCACUUCACAAAGAAGAACGACACCUGUAUCUGCGCAUUUUAAAAAAGAAACUUGUCCAAAGGGAGUCUCAAAGUCUUUGGUUGGAUGAUAUUGUAAAUACUAUUAAUGAUGUUAAUGAAGAAUCCCUGAAAGUAAAGGAGCUCACUGAUUCUUUAGUUCAUUUGAAUUUGGCAAUUGUUAAGAAGGACAUUAAUGAAUUUUGGCAUGCACUUUUAAGUCCUCUGCUUAGUGGUUUAGAAAUAAUUGAACCUACAUGUAAAGAUAUUUAUUUCCACAUGUUUUGUAAAGCUCUAAAAAAGAAAGGCCAGAAUAUAUGCCCUUGGAUUGUGUGUCAUACUGAUGCUGGUAACACAGUUUAUGUAGAUAUUGAAUCAUACACUUAUAGUUGGAAUACACCUAAAGACUUUGUUCCAUAUGCCCGGUACUUGACAAGGAAAGAUGUGAUUGCAAUUAUACAGAAAACUAAUAAAAAUCAUGUGAAUAAAUAUAAACAAACUAUUUUGGAGCAUUGCAUUGUUAACUUCCAAGCAUAUUGUAGAGGGUAUCUAUAUAGGAAACAAUUAAGUGAAAGAUAUGAAUAUUUCAGUGAAAAUAUCAGGUACAUUAUAAAAAUUCAAGCCUGGUGGAGAAGGAUUGUAAUUGAAAGAAAAUUUGGAACUUUGAUAAAAAUGAAAACAAUAGAAUCCAAACUGAAACAAGAAAGGAAACAGAAUCCAUGGGUGUGGUAUAAAAUUCAGGAAAAAAAGAUAAUUAAAAUACAGGCAUUAUGGCGCGGGCGCAGGGCGCGGCAGGCGUUUACAUCUCUCUUUCAUUCUGCUAAUCCUCCUCUUAAAGCUGUAAAGAAGUUUAUUCCAAUGCUUGAUUUUUCAACGCAAGAUUAUGACAGAGAAAUAGAGUUACAAAGUUUAAAAUCGGAAGUUGUACAAUCAAUGAGGAAAAAUCAAGAACUAUCUAAACAAAUUGACGACAUGGAUUUGAAAAUAGGCCUUCUCGUACAGAACCGUAUUGCCUUACAAGACGUGGCUGCACAUGGCCUAAAGUUAAAUAAUUUGGUUAAACACAAUUCAAUGACAAAGUUGGUUUUUCAAAAUCGAUCUGAAGGUAAAGGUUCAUUUAUGACAAUUUCUACGGCUGUAAAAGGGCUGAAAUCAUUAACUAAGGAAAGUAAAAGGUUGCUUGAUGGGUACCAGCAUUUGUUCUAUGAAUUGCAAACAAAUCCGACAUAUUUAUCUAAGCUCCUUUUUUGCAUACCCCAAAAUAAGACCAAUAAUUUCGUACAGAAUGUUGUAUUGAGUUUGUACAAUUUCGGGGCGUACGCCAGAGACGAAUACCUAUUAUUAAAACUAUUCAGAUUCACAUUGGACGAAGAAAUAAGUUGCAAAGUGGUCAUGCCUUAUGAUAUCAUUUCAUCCACACCUUUGGUUUUAAAAAUGGCCGUCAAUCUAUCAAGGCAGUUAUCAGGACUUAACAGUUUAAAAACUAUAUUGGGUCCUUUGAUCGAGAAAAUUUUGAAUGACAGAAACUUAAACAUAGAAACUGGACCAAUAGAAAUAUACAAGGCAUGGAGAAAUGAAAGUGAAAUGAAAACAGGACAGAUAUCAUCACUACCAUUUUCUGUUACUCAAGAUGAAGCUCUUAAGUAUCCAGAAGUGAAAGCGAGGCUGGAGACUGCAUUGGCCAAACUGAAAACUGUUGUAACAAUAUUUUUGGAUAGAAUCACCAAGUCUACUGAACUCUUUCCUUUCUGCAUCACUUAUAUGGCAAGAGUUCUACAUAGAGCUCUCUCUUCGAAAUUCCCCCAUACGCCGGAAAAGGACAUUUUGAAAGUUAUAGGAAAUUUGGUGUAUUACCAAUUUCUUAAUGCGGCAAUUGUUGCCCCUGAUGCAUUCCACAUUGUGAAUUUAGCAAACGGCUGUGGUCUUACGACGGAUCAACGGAAAAAUUUAGCUUCAGUAGCGAAAAUUUUACAUUUCUCUGCAGCUAAGAAAGGAUUUGGAGAAGAAUCUCGUCACUUGCAGUGCUUGAAUCCUUUUAUAGUGGAAUGUCAUGAAAAAAUGAAGGAUUUAUUCAGGCGAUGUUGCCGAGGUCCCACUUUAGAGGAAUACUUUGCUGUUGAUGAAUACACUGAGGCGACUCUGCUCAAUCAUCCUCACAUUUAUAUAACUGUUCAGGAAAUAGUAGACACACAUGCGCUUCUUGUCGAAUAUCAAGACAUCAUAGCACCGGACCACCGCGAUAGACUCAAUGAGCUUCUCGACGAUUUAGGGGAAGUGCCUUCAGUCGCUCAACUAGCAUCACGUGAUGUUGACACGCAAAUAGGCGAAUCAAUGGAAGAGAACGCAAGGCUAGACGUAUGCCUAGCACUUGUAAACAAAUUCCAGGCACCAGCCGAUGAUAUGACAGAUUUGAAUAAACUAUUUAUCAAAACAAAAGAACUGUGUGUUGCUAUAAUCCCGUUUUUAAAUGGUGAACAUCUACUGGAAGCAUUAUGUAUUGGUACUACGAAAGAUCAGCAAGAUCAAUACGCCAAAAAAGUGCAAAAACGUAUUUACUCUGGUCAAGCAAAGCCAGACGAGGUUAUGACUUUGAGAGAGCAUAUAGCAAAGUUACGGCGCAAUUUACAAAUGCUUGAGGACGAAGGUUACGUCACCAGAGAGGAUGGGUACCAAGCAUUGAUAACCUCCAUUGCUCUUGAUCUCUGUAACAAAGGCAAAUACCGACAAGCACAGAAAAGAGCUUUGUCGACACUCACAAGGACGAAACAGAGUUUGUUGGAGAAAACUAAAUAUUAUGAAGAGAAAUGUAAAUCAUACGACCAGUAUAUAAGGUCUUGCCUUGCAAAUCUUCAUGCUGGUAAAAGAAGUGUUCAUGCAUGUUUGAGGAGACCCGGCAAAGACAUCAAAAAGUUAAAGUCGAAACUGACUGCUAAAUACUCUGGUGCUAAAUUAAUGGAAAAGGGUGUUCUACUGGAGAUAGACGGCCUCUCAUCUAAUCAAUUCAAAAAUGUACAGUUCGACAUCACUCCUACUGAUCACAAUGGUGUUUUCACAAUUAGAGCUAAGUUUAUGGGUGUCGAAAUGGAAUCAAUAGAAAUAGACAUUCAGGAUUUAUUACAGAAACAAUACGAGGGUUGUGCUAUUAUGGACCUAUUUGGAAAGGCGAAAAUUAAUGUUAAUUUACUAAUAUUUUUAUUAAACAGCAAAUUUUAUGGUAAGGUCUAGGCCACGGAAUUUCAAAUUUGAAGUACUACAUCACUAACAUGUAUUCUUUAUAAGUAUUAUAUAAGUUUAAACUAUUGAAUACUCGAACGAACUUUUUAAUUUCCUAAUGAUAGUUUAUUUUUAAUACUUAUUUCUUAUAGCUAAAAACUAAGUAAGUACUAUCGGCCAAUUUGAUACCUACCCCACCUUAUGCUCGUUUUCUUAUAGUCAAAGAUCCGAACUAAAAACGAUCUUCACCGAGCUGAUAAUAGAAUGAAUCAUAUUUUAUAACAAAUUUAGUAUGUUAGAAAAUAUGUUGAAAAUGGGUUGCCUAAAAAAAUCCUGGACAGACAAUUUUUAAUUAUUUAAAAAAAAAUGUUUUAUUUUUAUUUUUGCAACAUCAAGAUAAUAAGAAAAUUUUUACCCUGACUUAAAGUAUGAAACGUAUAGAAUGUGCAGCCGUUGGGUUGCCUAUUAUUUACCUGGACAAACUACUCGGUUGUCAGGUAUAAACAGGUAUGUCGAUGCCAGUUACCUUCACUCGAUUAGAUAAUCGAAAAAAUUUUAUAUCAAUAUGAGCGUUGUUUUAUUGCGAACACGGUGAUAUAGGGUUGUCUACAAAAAACUUGGUCUUAAUAGGGGUUUGCGAAUUUUGAAGAUUUUUAUUUUAACGCGAGUGGAAAUGUGUGACAGAGAGAUCCGAAUUGAGUAUAGCGUGUAAUAAUAAAGGACACAACAUGGCACAACUGACAUUUAAGUUGUAAAUAAUAAUAAUUAUAAUAAUAUUAUUAUACUAAAAUAUUAAACAAUAAAACCUCAAUUAAAUAAAUUAAUAAAUAUAUAUAAAUGAAUUUACUUAUUGACUUAUAAGUAUCAUUAUAUAUUUAUACAAGUUUUUGUAACUCAAAAUAUAAUGACGUAAAUAAUACAAAUAUCAAUAUAUUGAAAUUUUUUUUUCUCUUUCUGGAAAAAAUUAUGAGAAACAAAGUGGACAGCCGAAAAUUCAAAUUCAUGGAUAAAAAAAAAGAUAGACUAAAAAUCUUGUAUUACGUUUGAAAAUUAUAAGAGCAUAAAUACAAAAAUAAUAUCAAUAAAAAAUAAAUUAUAAUAAAUAUUUUCUAUUCUAUAUCUGAUUCAUCAGAAGUAUAAUUUUGAUUCUCGAAUGCAUCUGACUCAUUAUUCGUUUCUUCCUCAAUUUCUUCCAUUUCGACAAUGUCCUGGAUUUUCAAAGGAGUUUGAUCUCCGAUAAAACCAGUUGGUUUUAAAAAAUCAUCUAAAUGCCAACCGUAGCUUUCGGGGUUUAAUUUCGCACAUACAGCAUCAGUUGCAUUAAGCCACAUAGAAUUUACAUAUAUAGUUCUUAAAAUUGUUUGUAGCAGGGAUUCAAUUCGGAUCUCUCUGUCACACAUUUCCACUCGCGUUAAAAUUAAAAUCUUCAAAAUUCGCAAACCCCUAUUAGGACCAAGUUUUUUGCAGACAACCCUAUAUCGCCGUGUUCGCAAUAAAACAACGCUCAUAUUGAUAUAAUUUUUUUUCGAUUAUCUAAUCGAGUGAAGGUAACUGGCAUCGACAUACCUGUUUAUACCUGACAACCGAGUAGUUUGUCCAGGUAAAUAAUAGGCAACCCAACGGCUGCACAUUCUAUACGUUUCAUACUUUAAGUCAGGGUAAAAAAUUUCUUAUUAUCUUGAUGUUGCAAAAAUAAAAAAAUAAAAUAUUUUUUGUCUGUCCAGGAUUUUUUUAGGCAACCCAUUUUCAACAUAUUUUCUAACAUAUUAAAUCUUUAUAUAUAUAAUUCUUCUGUGAGUGUGUAUGUCACUGAACUUCUCUUAAACGACUGAACCGAUUUUGAUGAAAUUUGUUGUGUGUGUUCAAGGGGAUCUGAGAAUGGUUUAGAUUCACAAUUUUGUCCGCUGGACAACCCCUAUUUUUUUAGGGCGGUACGAAGUUCGCUGGGUCAGCUAGUUUGUUAUAAAAUAUGAUUCAUUCUAUUAUCAGCUCGGUGAAGAUCGUUUUUAGUUCGGAUCUUCUACUAUUAUUAAAGUUCCAAUACCAUAAGAUAGAAUUUCACAUUUAAGUUAGUAUGUAUCAGAAUAAAAUAUAGCUUUUGUUAAAAGCAUGUUAUACCAUAGUUUAUCCUAAUAAUAGAAGUUAAAAUACAUAGUUUCUAUGACAAGUAGGUAGAUGAUUUCAAUUUUAUUUAAAGGACAAUCUACUGCGGUUGAUAACAAAAAAAAAUCUAGCAUCUUUGAUUUAUUUAAAUAUAUUGAAUCUGUUACUGAAUGGUCUUAAGUGCAUUAUGUAUUAAAAGUUGUUAUAACAAUUUGAAGCGAAUUAUUUGAAGGGCCAUGAAUCAAUUUGUUCGAUAGUACUUAUACUAUCUUUGCGAUAUUAUCACCGUCGGGUUUGGCUCAUACAUACAUAGAUUUGGUGGUAUGGCCAGGUUAUCCUACGAUUUUCUCGUCCAUGGAAAUUACUUAGCUUAGCAAAAGGUUCUCAAUGUUACACUUAAAUAUACCUAACAUCAAAAUAUUGAAUGCGAAUAUUAUAUUAAACUAAUAUUUCAUGUAAAACAUGCAGUAUUUACAAAAUUAUGACUGCGAGGAGUUUAUUUCCGAGAUUUCUCGCGCUCCUUGCGUACGUCACUUGUCCAGGGAUGCGUUCAAUACCUACGCUCUUAAGUGCCAUAUUUUACCCUGACGCAGGCCUCCGUCAGUCCAUGUGCUUGCGCGCGUUAAUUACCUACCGAACGAUGUCAAUGAUCAAAUAGUCAGUGGGCUGUUGCAAGCGCUUGUUAUCGUACGCUCUUCGCUGUGCACUGUAAACAUUGAAUUAUUUGUAUACUGUACUUAUUAUUAAAUACUGCAAAUAAGUUUAAUGCAGACCUUUAAUAUUACGGUAUAUUCUACUUUGGUUAUUGUUAAAUACUGUAAAUAAUAAAAGGCUGCAUUAGGCCAGGCAACGUGGACUAUUGCCUUAACUCCUUCAUACGAAGGCAAAUCUAUAUUCCAGCAGUGGAGAAUUAUGGACUAAAGAUGAUGAGAUUUAUAACUUUUAGGUUAGAUUAUAGUCCCGAGUUCCAUAUUAUAAUACUAAUCAUAUAUAAUUGAGUGUUUAGUUUAUCAUUAAUUUACAUUACAAAUCAUAAACAAGCCAUUUAGGCACAAUUUUUGUGUGUGAACAAUAUUUUUAUCGUACCAGCAGCCAUGGCAUCACCUUUGAUUGCAGCAAUGCCGCGCGGCUGCGAAUCGGUAACAACUUUAUUAGUCGAGCGUAUAAUUUAGUAUGUAGCGGUCGCUGACGCGUGGCGGCGGGAUGGAGUAGGCUAUUAUAGUUGUAGAUAUACGAAUUAUUGUAGGGAGCGAUUUAUCUGUUGCGUAGUAACUAUUAUGUAAUCUGUGCCUGAGGUUUCAAUUUUGACAUAAAAUGUAUGAAGCUAAUGUCAACUUUGACAUUUAUUGCAUCUAGAGCGUAGGUUUUGAACGUAGCCCUGGGGCCGCGACACAACAAGGGCCGUCAUCGCAUGUUCGCGGGUCGCUAUCGUUUUUAAAUAAUGUUGUGCGAAAAUGCAUACUUCAUAUUUAAUUUUUCCAACCAUUUUAAAGAUAGAAAAAAGUAAAAAUACAGGUUUUAUGUAAUAUUUUUAGAUUACUUUGGCAUUUUUAGAAAAAAGAACUUUUGUUAUCGUCAUUGCCGCACUCGGAGAAAAUAAUUAGAUUUAACGCUUCAUUAAUGAAGACGCAUGUCGUCUUAUUCUUUCAUUACCACAUAGUGACAGCAUUCAGUUUGAUCAAAGUUACAAGUUAAUUGACGUAUCUGAGUACGGCCAUAAGAGUUCUGCAGUGACAGAAACUAUAUAGUCCGAGAGCCGGCUGUAUAAAAAUCCUAUGGAUCAGAAUUACUUAAAUCAUUUUUGGGGUAUAAAUAAUAAAGCCAUAGGUCUAGAGGUCGACACCCCUGAAGUUGCUUGAUUUUGCCCGCAUGCAAACUUAUGACGUCACUUCCGGUUUUUAUUUUAGGUGUAAUUGUAAUUUAUCAAAUACAUCAAGAAAAUGUAUGUCAAUCGAAAGUUUUUGAUGAGUAGAAUAGAAAUGUCUAGGUUUGACAAGCUCUAUUUAUUAGCUACCCCGAGUCGACCACCAUUAAAAAAAAAACUUUAGUGAUUGUCCCUUCUCCGUCCCUGGUGGCAGCAGCACAAUUUUGUAAAAGAGCCCUUUUACAAAAUUGUGCCGCUGCCGUACUGAUCGGCGCGUAGGUAGAUUUGCACUAUACUAGUGCAAAUCUACCUACGAAACAUCACCCGUAACAUGCAAUAUAUACAUUGCAUGUUACGGGUGAUGUUUCGAGUCUUAUAAAAUAAUUAGGUAUUAAUACACUAAUUAUAAAAAUAUUUACGUAUUUCAGUAGUUCAAUGAUGGUAGAUUAGUUUUACGAAAGUUUUUGAUAGUAUUUCUAUUAAUUCUAUAUUAAAAUACGAGGUAAACCUGAAUUAUUUUUUGGGAAAACUCACGGAGGUUAGAUGUUUUUUUGAUUAUUAAUGAGAUGGAAAAUCAAAAUUAUAAUACAUUAUCUAUGUUACAACAAAAACAUAUUUCUGAUGUCGUAGUAAUUAAUUUGAUCUAAUUUAUUAAACAUUAUUGAGAGAUUGAGGCGUUUGAAGUUGUGCAUAUUAUCGUUUUUCCGUAAACUAGCUGCAGUAGAACGAUCAGUACAAAAAAAGGAAAAUAGUGUUUGCAAAUAUUCAACAUUAACUUACAAAAGGAAGAAUAAAACUACUGUUUACUUCUAUUGGAAAUAGUCAAAAUCUUUUCUAAGGGGGUAAACGAGGCGCUCAAAAAUUAAGAUUUUUGGAAAAAAAUGUGAAGGGGCUCUUAAGUCAUCGAAUACAUGGAUUUGUUUACGAUUUUCUGAAAGUAGAACCUCUCAAAUGACUGAAAAAAAUUGGUCGACACCUUUUAUUUGCCCGGAUUUGACUGUCGACUUAACUAAGUCGACAGUUGGAUGUGGGUAAAUAAAAGGGGUCGACCAAUUUUUUUUAGUAAUGUUAGAGUCAAAGAAUUAAUUGGAAAAAACAAAAUAUUUAUGUAUUUGAAAAAGAUAUGCAGAUAAUUAAAUAAUUAAACAUGCAAAGAGGUGAAACAUCGAAUACAUGGAUUUGUUUACGAUUUUCUGAAAAGGAGCAUAGGCUCUUUAAUUCUUCAUAUUUAGUCGACACUCAGAUCCGGGCAAUUAAAAGGAGCCGACCAAUUUUUUUCAGGCAUUUGAGAGGUUCUAGUUUCAGAAAAUCGUAAACAAAUCCAUGUGUUCGAUAGCUUAAGAUAAAUUAAAAAUAUUUUUUUUUGAUGGUCAACUCAGGGUAGCGAAUAAAUAGAGCUUGACGACCCUUAACAUUUAUAUUGUACUCAUCAAAAACUUUCGUUUGACAUACAUUUUCUGGAUGUAUUUGAUAAAUUACAAUUACACUUAAAAUAAAAACCGGAAGUGACGUCAUAAUUUUACAUGCGGGUAAAAUCAAGCAACUUCAGGUGUGUCGACAUCUAGACUUAUGGCUUUAUUGUUCAUACCCCAAAAAUGAUGAUUCAUGUAUCUGAUCCAUAGGACUUUUAUAUAGCCGGCUCUCCGACUAAUAGCAAACUGUGCAUGUAAUACGAGUAUGAUUAUUUUUAUUUAUUGAUGAACUAAAAGUAUGUUUUGUGAUUUUAUUUUAUAGUUUUCCGUCUUUUUUAAAUUAUGAAGUAUUAGUCCAACACCAAAUAUUUUUUACAUUAUGUUAAUGCAUUUAAUAGAUAGGGAUUUCGUAAAUCAUAAGUUUAUUGUGGUAGGGUAUUUUAGUGAGUUACAUUACAAAAGUCGAGUUUCAAAAAGUCAGGAUUGUAGAAUAUUGGCUUUUACAUCAGGGGUCAUUCGCCUAAAGGAAAUGCUUUGGUAAACGCUAACGCUUACGAUUUCAUUUUGUUAUUUCUAGCCACCUGAGGUUUCAAAUGCCUCGCGCUCUUUUUUUUCUUUUGCAUUGGUAAUAACAAUAUUAAAAAAAUGAGCGUGAAGUAUUUGAAAACCUUCGGCGUUCAGAAAUAACAAAAUAAAAUCGAAAGUGUCAGCGUUUUCCAAAGCCGUUAGGCGAAUGACCUCUGGAUAUAGCUAAGAAAACAGGACCUCAUUAUAAUUUAAAUAAAAGUGACAUGUAUAUGUCCAAAAAAAUUGUAAUAACAUUCAAAAUAACUUUUAACGAUAAAUACUAUAGAAACUUUACUUAUUUAUUUAGAAAUUACUGACAUUUUGCAAAAGAGAGAUCUUCAAAAACAUUAGAUUAAAACAAAAAGGGAAGAUACGGUACGUUCAUAUUAGCAUCAGAUAUAAUAUGCUCCGACUCAACUACAUAAACAACUAUCACGCAACGCAAUCUUGCGAGCGAGACAGAACUGUACCUACGCUUCAACGCAGCGCGAGCGAAACGGCGAGUCCGCGUCGCUUGGCUUGGCGACUGCUUUUUCUCUCUACAAACGGCUGAGCUGUAUUGUUGUCCUUUUCUUGAUAAUAAAUGGCGAAAAAGUAAAUAACAGUCAUUACAAACCGUGAUUCUUACAGAGAAAAUAUGUUUUCAUAGUUUUACAAAUUAAAAGUGUUGCCGUGAAAUUUGUUAUUCGAUCUUGAACUAUUUGUGCUCUUUAUAAAAGCAUCGAAGACAUUGUUUUAUCUUUAUAACACAGAAUAUACGCAAUAUUGUUAUAUUGAGUGCACAUGCACCGUGUUUGAAUGAAUGUUUGUCCAAUUGUGAUUAAAGCGAAUUGUGGUCAUUGUUGAGCCGCAAGGGCCGUAUUUUCCCUUAUUGUUUUAAUCUAAGUCAACAACAUAGUUUUCAGUUGAAAUCGUAUUAUGUCAAUGUAAGCAACUUAAAAAAUAUUCUUAAUCUGGUAAAAAAAGUAAACAAACAAAUUUAACAAGUUAUAUUGAUGUAGGUACUCAAUCUUGCUAUAUGAUUAACCUUGUAUUGAAUUGCAUGUUUCUGAAUUAUAAAUAAAAUUGCAAUUUAGCUAGGUUUAUAUAAGUAGGUAGGAAACUACUCAAUGAGACACUGACUUUUUAAAACUGUGUACCUUUACUUAAUGUAAGGAUUUUAUUGUUUUCGUUUUAUCUACAGUGGAAAAAAUAUGUACCUAUUAUACGCAUACUGCGCAUAUAGAAUAAUUUUGAUCAUGACAUGAAUUCCAUUACAACUACUAUUACUAACUUAAAUUUAAUCAUUUGUUACUAAUUAGAUAGUUACUAAUAACUGUUUUGAUUAUAUUUUUUUUACAAUAAAUUAAACGAGGCUAAUCU